AGGAGCGUGAAGACGACUGACAGGAUGUACCAGGGCGAUAAGACACCGUAACCUCCUAUAUUCAUAACUCUUGCCGGCUGCCUACUUAGUGCACCAUUUCCUAUUCGCCCUCACUCACUGAUACGCACGCACGCCAGCUCUCGGAGACGUCCAAAACAGCCCCUGGAUCCAACGGGCGGGCGCAGCUUUGGGAUGGCGAUGCGACUCUGGUUUGCCAUCCUGCUGGGGGGCUUGUGUUUCCUGAACCUCCUCAAAGCUCAAUCUUCAUCCUCGCUGAAGUGCCUCCAGUUCCUCAAAGGCGCCAGCUGUGAGUGCAAGGCUCUGAGGUCAAAGAUCCAGGUGUUCUGCUCGUGCCUUCCUGUCAAGACACUGGACCUGAGAGACUUGAGUGAAGACCAAUCGCUCUACUUAGCCAGUUCUUUCCACCUUGGGAACUGCCGAAACACCUCAGUCAUGGUGUUUCCCGGGGCCUUCAGUUACCUGCAUAUCCUGGAGAAUGUCACUUUCAAUGACAUCAGUCGCCUAACAGUCGAGAGUAACGGCAUCUCCCUCACGUCCUUUGUUGAUGUCUUCACACUCAGGUUCUACUUGAUAAAAAAUCUUAGUCUGCGUAAGAACGCGAUCAGCAUACAUAGUGAGGGGAUGAACUUUAAGAUCCAUAAUUCCACCAUCAUGAGCCUGAUGAAGUCUGCCAUUGUAGGUAAAAUCAGAGAACUGGUGAUGGAGGAAAUGCUCUUCAAGGUGAGGCCGUGGCCGGGGUCAGUUGUGUGUCAGGGCGCAGAAGGCGCCUCAGUCACGAUGCGCUCAGUCACUGUCAAACAAGGUCUUUCAGGGCGGUGGAUCAUUGGAAAUGUGUCUCGUCUCAGCAUCGUGGACAGCAACCUCAGGCUCUUCCCAGGCGCCUUUGCAGGAGUGAACACAAACACGCACGGGAAAUCACAGUUUGGAGUUGUUCUUUCUGGGAACAAUUUCAUGAUGCCACACCUCCCAUCCCACACACUCCCUUCAGAUGGAUUCUUACUCAGUGCAAAAAGAAACUACAUUGUUUGUCGAUGCCCAAACCUUGUGUGGCUGCGUGAACCACCUAACAACUUGUUUAAGGAGGGCAUCAAGGCUUCACUGGUUUGCAGGAACGCGACUCUUGCUUCCGUUUUGGAAUCAUGUCAAGACUGAGUCAGAUGCUUUCUUUGUGUGGAAUACAUUUGAAAUCUAUCUGAACUUUCCCUGAAAUUCUCCAGCCCUUUUUUUUUUAUAGAAGACUAGAUAAAUAACAUAAGACUAUGCCUAAUGUAUCUAAAUGUACCCACACAACUGUGUUGCAGUUAAACACAGCCAUGUAUGAGACAAACUUUUGUCUGAAACUGAUUAUGUUAAUGACACUGAUGUGUUACAAUGGUUAGAACAAAAGGUAUAUAUAUAUAUAGCUGGUGUUUGAUUGAUGAAGCAGCAAGUACCAUCAUUGGGGGCUAUUGGGCAUCUUAUCAUAGGCAGAGAUGACACUGUACUAUGCAUGCCAUGAGUGUCCACUUCCCAGUGUUUGCCACAUACCAAGUAUAUGAAUCCCUCCUGGUGGCAGUUUUCUUGUUCACUGUAUCCUUCUCUGACUAUUAGUUUCUGGCACUGAAAAGAUCAAUGUCUUGAAACAGUGAAGUGGUAAAGGACAAAAUAGUACAUAAUUGCCCACACAGGGAUUAUGUAUUAUAUUAUACACAAGACCAUUAAAGACUCUCACAUACUGUCAUGCUGGGGAGGCGGUGGCUGAGUGGUCAGCGUGCUGGUGUGGCGCUCAAAAAGACACAGGUUUGCAUCCUGCCAGUCAUCAUGACAACAAGCUGGCAAUUUUCCAGUCAUUGCCCAGUGGCCUAAGACUACCCCACAUACUGUCCUGAAGACCAUCUAACAACCCAGACUCUAGAUUCUCUUGAAAGAGGAUCAAAGAUAAGCUCGGAGACCUAAUGAGGCAAGCAAGAUGGUGCCACUAUAAAUACAUCUGUGUCUCAACGGGCUGGGGCCGACCACCAGGCCCCACCAAGAAAGCCUACUGUUGCCAUUGGUCAAAAAAAAAAAAAAAAAAGUGUGUGCGUGUGUGAGUGAAUGUGUAUGUGUGUGUGUGUAAUAAUAAUAUGAUGUUUAUAUAACAUUAACUUGAAGGAAAGAUAAUUUCAAAUUCCAGACAUUUAUUAAGUGAUCUAGUAUACAUAUUAAUAUUUUGGUUCUGGCAUUCAUUAACAUAAACUGGCAGUGAUUUAUACAAACUUAAUGUUAUUAGUUGACAAACACUCCAUGCUCACCAAACAGAAAGCUAAUGUAUGCGUGUGUGUGUGUGUGUGUGUGUAUUUUUUUUCACCACGGCAUGAUCACGAGUUGGACUCGCAAUCACCAGCAAGUACCCUCCUCAUUAGAUCAAGGCUCAUUAGUCGAUCUCUGGGUACUGCCAGGACUUCACACAACACACACCCCAACCCCCUUGCUCAAGGGGGGACAGUAACCACUCCUAGUCAGCGGAAAAACCUGGCCUGAGCGGGGCUCGAACCUCUGCCUGCCAUGCCGUGAAGCCUGGCAGUGCAGCGCUUUAACUGACUGAUCUAUCAGAGUGUGUGUGUGUGUGUGUGUGUGUGUGUGUGUGUGUGUGUGUGUGUGUGUGUGUGUGUGUGUGUGUGUGUGUUGGCCUUGGCUGACCUGCUUGAGGGGUGUGAGUGAAGAAUACACACAAAAAUUAUUCUUCCAAAAGGCACUGACUAAGAACACUUCCAAGAAAAUCACAAAAGCAGAAGAGAUUCAUUAAGGGGAGUGGACAGGGCAGGUGUGGGUGUGGGUAUGUUGGUGAGCACUGGACUGCCUGGGUUCACUAACAGGAUGUAAAGGUGCUGAUGACUAUGUUUGGGAUAAGCCCACCCCUCAUCUGGGUGUGGGCAUGUGAUAUAGACUGCAGUUCUAGGUGUGGGUGUGUUGGUGCUCACUGGAGUGUGGGUUGAUUGCAGUGUUGGGUUAUUGGCGGCAAUAUCUGUGGUAAGCUGGGUAGCUCAUGUUGGCAGGCAGCAAUUGUCUGUGUGAGGGAAGAUGCUUGAUGACCUGUGUUCUGUAACUGGGUGUUGGUGGCAAGGUCUUGGUGUGGCAGGCAGCAGGUGGGUGUGUGGGUAGGUGAAUACUUGAUGGUCCAAACUCACUAAAUGGAUGUAGAGGUGUUGAUAGCAGUUUCAGGGUGUUGAUGGCUAUGUCUAAGGUAAGCUAACUUGCUGGGAUACACAGGGACUGUAAACCUUGGCCAAGUCUUCUGGUCUGUGAUAUGCGACACUGAGACUACCUAAUAUUAUCAUUAGUUUAAAAAGUAAUACCUAGGAUUAUUUGUGUCUAUGUGAUUAUACACUUUUAAAGCUGAUUUGCCUAAAACUAAUCACAGUAAGAUAAAUGUACGUACGCACGACUGAUUAAUAAAAGCAGUAAAAUGUUUUAAUCUGCAAAAAAUCAUGGCAUAUAUAAAGUAGUAUAAUGUGGUUUCAACCCUGAACGUGAGACAGUGACUAUUAAUUGUGGUUGGGGUAUUUUGUACAUGCUGAAGUAAUACAUGGUAAUGGGCAGAAUCAAACAUAAAUGAAGCUGGUCAUAUUGGGUUUGUUCAUGAAUUUGUACACAUUCUUUCACCAAUCAGUGCUCAUAUCACUAAAAAUACUUCUCUAGAAAUUUGAGUUGAGGAAUGAAAAUGAAGUGCAUAUUGCCAAAUUAACAAUUGAUAGGUAUUUUUUAGACACUAGACAAUUUUCAUACCCCAAGCCAAUUCUUUCAGAGUAACUUUUUUUCCUGGUAUGUGCACUCUGGAAUGGUGCAAACACAUUGGUGAACAUACUGGUGUUUGGAAAGUAAGUCAAUAUCCGAUCUCUGACCAAACACCAUUGACUUUGUUACCACUGGGUUGAGUGAGGCUCCCAAUACAUGGCUGAGGUCUGUGACCAAUCCAUGCAUCACAGCACCUCCGAGAACAGCAGGGGUGCAGGACAGAUGGACCCUAAACUAGGAGACGAGAGACUUAAGGCACGGCCGCAAGCCACCGCAAGUAUGAGGGCGGACUGUAUUUCCCACCACUCGAGAAUCAAUGGGCCAAGUGAGGCGGCGGCAUGGAAGAGAUACUUUUGCGUUAUUACAAAGACUGAGAUGUUUGAGGGAAUGUUCACCCAUUUCUGAGCACAAUUCCAAUUUGUAUUCACAUCAGGAAAUCUAACACUUGAAACUGAGCUGAGGUAAAAUAAUUAGUCAGAGUAAAAUGGAUGACAUUCUUAAUUUUGACAACUUUGUUUUUUUGCCUCAGCCAAAUUUUUCAGGGUAGUUUUUCCCUUGAGUCUGUACUGAUUGGAUUGAUGAGUAAAAAUAGGCAAACAUACCCUAAUAGAAAAAGACAUCAUACACUGGAGCCCCAUUUGCUUCUAUUUAUGUGUAGCUGACAAUGGCACACUUGCAAACAGACCUGAUUGGGUGAGUCACUGUCGUUACAAUGAGUGACAUUGGUUCCAUUGAGCACAACCUUGAUCACAUUCCGGACAAUCACAAAAGCAGGGACCACAUUACAACAUUCUGCUGCAUUAGUAUAAUUAGCAAAAGUUAAUCUAUGUACACAUUAUAAGCUCCCUUGUCACUACGGUGUCUACACUGUGGGCUCUACCGUACUGUGAGGUCUGUUCCUAGGUGUGCUUUUCAGUAAAAAUUAGUUUUAGAUUUAAUUUACAAGAAUAUUGUGCAGCAAGUACUUCUAAACGUUUGGGAGCUAAAAGGUUUGGAACACAAGACCAUGACUUACAAAUUUCUAAGGGCUUAAAAGCUUCAGAGUUUGAAAAAGUUUGAUGAAAAACCUAGUUAUCAUUCUACCAGACAGAGUUGGGAAAAGAACAAUGGAGCUAAAAAUUCUGUACACUUUAAGACAUGCUCUAGUUAUGUGGCAUUCUAUAUGAAGCUGAAAAGUUCAAGGAAGAAACAAUUUAAUAAAAAAUGUAAUGCAAGAUGAUAAAAUUCCUCAACUCUGCUCACCCAAAUCCAUGGCUUCCUACCACAUCAGUAAAUACAUAGAUUUCAGGAAUAUUCAGCCAUUAAAUAAAAGAAUCUGUCUUGCUAUGGAAGCCACUAAAACAACAUUCUUUCAAGUAGUAGGUGAAUGCCACAAUACAGAGUUGAUCACAUUAUUUGAUUGGUCGCAUCACCUCUUAUGAAGUGGUGGCUCAGCUGGUGGGUUAUCUGUUGCUUACAAAUAUCAGGCAUAUAUUAAUCAUGGAUUUCCUUCCUUUAGAAACAAUGAAGUACAGAUUGAACAUUGCACUGCCACAUCAGUAUAUGUAAGGGGGACACCAGGGGCACCCUGAUGGUCACUCAGACAUGUAUCAGUAAUCAAUUACUUCAGGGAAGUCUGAAAUGGCUACUGCUCAUAUUAAUAUACCACGAACCUUGUGCAUAAUUUCUCUGAUGAACAUUCACCCUUGUCAUUCCUGCAUGUGAGAAUCAUGCAUAGUUAAAUUGCUAUGAAUAACAAGAGUACAACACAGGUGACUUCCAUCACAACAAGGGCAUUUGCUGUGUUGCUUUAUCCUCAAGGACAACUUGAAUAUAUUGUGAGGUUGUCUUGAAGCAUGUUUAGCUAUAUUUUUAAUCAGUAAACACUGUUAUGUCACAUUCUUGGGGUUAAUGGUAAGGUAUAGUAUGUCAUACAUUCCUUUAAUCUUUCCUGAAUUAUCAUGUAAAAAUAGCACCACAAUUCAUCACUUGCAAUGAAAGUAAGCAAAUCACUGCAAAUGCAAUAAGGCAUCCAGUUGGAUAGAUAAAGAAUAGGUACGGGUGAAACACAGCAUUAGUGUAUAGGUGCAUGCUCCACACUAAGACCUAGUAUAUACUGCCAUGCUAUGUGCAAUGUGACUUUGACUUGGUUAUGUGGGAGGUUGCUCUAAAUGCAGUCGACUAAACCUAAAGCAAUGUUUUCCAUAGAUGCGCAGAAAAGAGGCUUAAAUUAGAAUACUGGUUGAAAUGCAUCAAGGUGAAUCCACCUCUUUUGUGUUUUAUAUUCUAAUAUGGCAUCCCGGUUGCAGCCGUCUGUCACUGCAUCAUCUAUGGAAGCAGCAGUACAUUACAUAUGACUAUGGUAUUGAAAUAAAAGUCGAGAAGUACUAUUAUAUUACAAGUUGCAUAGAUAACGUGUGAUGUUCUCAUUUUUCAUUAAAGUAACGUAAGGCGACUAAGACAAGACCAAACUCAAGGAGGCUAUGCUACACUGCCACCCUCCCUAGACCCCAACAUGGGACUGCCGAGGAUGGGGCACAUCAGCAUGCCAGUUGCACAUCAAAGUGAAAACUUGUUUUCAAUAAACAAUUCUAAUAAUAAAGGAAUGCCAAUGUUAAGGGUUCUAUCAUCAAUCGAACAAAAAUUAAUAGAUCAAAUUAAAUUUUUAAUACUGUGUAUUUAGAUUUUGACAAUUUGUAAACUAAGACAAUGUUUUACUGCAUGUUCUAUAUUGUAAGACUUUCUUAGUAUGUAAACCCUAAAUCAUUUUUUUAAUAGAGGACUUUAUGAUGCCGAAUAUAAUACUAUCAGUAAAGUAGAACACUUCUACAUGUUACGAGGUACUAUUCUUUAUGUGUGCCUGGCAUGCUGCAUGUGUCCUUUUCUCUUUCCAUUCCGUCAUCUCAGAAGAUAUGAAUUUUAAGCAAGGAUGCAAGUUUAACAAGACUGGGCAAAACUUUGGCUUCUGUUCCCCAUCCCAUAUCCUGUCUAGUGAUGGCAUUAUUAGUGAUUAAGAUAAAUAUGAAUCUCUUUCUCACACAUGUAUGCUCAUAUUAUCUCUCUCUCUCUUACACACACACACACACACACACACACACACACACACACACACACACACAAACAUACACACA